AUGGCGACGGUGCCUUUGAGGGAUCGGCUGAGCUUCUUGAGUCGGCUACCCAUUCUGAUCAAAGGCACCUCAGAUGAUGAAAUCCCGUGCCCAGGAUACUUGUUUGAAGAAAUUGCCAAGAUCUCUCAUGAUUCAGCAGGAAGCAGUCACUGUCUCUUGGAGUAUCUCCUCAACCGCCUUCAGAACAACUCAUGCCAUGUAAAGCUGAAGGUACUCAAGAUUCUGCUGUACAUGUGUACCCAUGGCUCCUCACACUUCCUUAUGCAACUCAAGCGGAAUUCUUCUUUCAUCCAAGAAGCCACAGUCUUCUCAGGGCCUCCUGAUCCUCUCCAUGGAAACAGUUUGUAUCAGAAGGUGCGGAUGACUGCACAGGACCUGGCGAGCACCUUAUUUUCAGAUGCCUUGUUGCCUCAGUCUGCUGCUCAGCCAUCAAAAGAGCUGCCUUCAACAGGAAUGGGCUCCAGGCCCAGCCCCCACAGCUGCCUCCAAGGCUUUGGGUUUGAAAGAAGCAGCUCCACAUCCACAAGCAAGGUUCUUCUGGCCACCAUCCAGAAGGCAGCUGAGGUGGUUGCUAGUGCCAUGCUCCCUGGUCAUGAGCUUGCCAAUCCCCAGGGUCGGGAACUGAAGGAAGACGCUUACGAGCCGGUGAUGGCGCCCUCUCCUGGCAAAAGCUGUGUGCUACCUAUAAAGCCGCCCACUGUUGUAGUCCAGAACAUGAGAGUAAACCAUCAGCCAGGGCAAGCAGGAGGGGGCUGGGAGGAGUUGGACAGUGGACAAAGCUCCCAGAAUUCCUUGCAAGAAAACAAUGAGCAGAGCAGGAUGUUGGAUUCCUACAGCAAGUCAAGCAGUGACAAUCACUCAUAUGCUCAGGAACCAGGGAAUGUUGCUGAAAGGACGGAAGCAGAAAACCUUGGUGACUGCCUGCAGGAAGUGAGCCUUGUCAGCAGCCUCACUCAGGGCUCCAAAGUCUUCCUGACUCGUGAGGAGACCCAGCACUUCCUCAAGAAGUGUGGGCUGCUGAAUUGCGAGGUGGUCUUGGCCUUGCUCAACCGAACCCUGAAGGACCCCCGUGAGUGCAUCCGCAUGAGGGCCAUGUGUGCUAUCUAUUCCCUCAUGUGCUCUGACCUGUUCUCCCAUGACCAGAUAUUUGCCAUUACCCAACAGCACUUGCAGGAGCUCAGUCAAGAGCGCCCUGGGCCUGUAGCCAACAAAGCAACAAAGAUCUUGCGUCACUUUGAAGCACUGUGCAGGAACCACCACACCUCCAAGAGCUCUCCCCCAGCCGUCAACCUCUUUGUCCCUAUCAAGACCCCAGCUAAGUGUCCUGAUGAUCUGCUGUAUGAUACAAUGCCUUUUGCAGGAGAGACUGUCCUCAAGCCUACAAGCCUAGCACCGCUCCCCUCCCAAGCACCGAAUGCCCUUGCAAGUGUUUUGCGCCUUGCAGAAGGACCAAUGCCAGAAUCUGAGUCCUGUAACCAGCUAGAUGACUUGCCGCCUACCCUGCAUCAAGAGCAGGCAGAAUGCAGACUUCCAGGGCCUGAUCCCAAAGAGGACAGACCCCCAAGGGGGGAUCCAGAUGGUACAGUUUCACUAUUUGCUGGCAUGGAGCUGGUAGCACCCUCAAGCAUGAUGCUGGCUGAUGCCGCUGAGCCAGAAUGUAUCCCUGCAGCUCCCCGGACAGCGUUGUGCUCCGGGAACACUAGAGACAGUGAGGAAGGCCAGGAGCUGUCUGCUUUCCCCUUUCUCAAUGUGUAG